CCCCGUUGAGAUAACCAAUGCGCAUGAAGUUUACCGCACAAUUUGAGCUGAGAUUUUUUAAUUGCUCGGCCUCGGCAAUCUCGGCAUCAUGCCGAUAGCAAUGUAAAGAGACGGUUUGCGUUUUAUUGAGUUGAAAAGUUGGUUGAUAUUCUUUCCCGGCAUUUUCAUAUCGUUCGAAAAUAUUGAGCGUUCCGAGACGUGGAAAUUUUGAAGGUUAUGGGGUCGUUUGAAUCGGUGGCAAGUACAAGAGACUCUAAGUUCUCUUCGAUUCAUUUGGCAAUUUGAGAAAGGUGGUUUGUAAAUAAAAGAAUUGAUGAAGCAUAUAAUGCGAUUAAUUUCAAGACUGUGAUCAAGUGUUCAACGAUUAGAAGAAAAUACAAAAUGUUUUUUCACACCCGGAUGGAUUAGCGCUAAUUUUUCUCUUAUCUUUUUGAACGAGCAAUUUAUGAUCGUGACAUAUUUCUUGUGACAAAGAGACACGAAUCAAUAAAAAUAAACAUGGAUCAAAUGUUACCAAGUCCGGGAUUCAGCAUCCCCAGUAUCGGCACACCUCUUCAUCAACCGGAAGAGGAUCAACAAAUCUUACCCAAUGCUUUGCAACAACAACAGCAGCAGCAGCAACAACAACAGCAACAACAAACCUCGCAACAAUAUCAAAUGCAACAACUUCAUUCUAUGAGCCCAACAAUGCAGGCCAAUUCCAUGAUGAUGCUUUCUACUCCCCAAAAAACAAUGCAUACUUAUGCACCUACGCCAACUUUUGCUACACCACAGAGUCUCAUGCAACCUCAGACGCCGCAAAACAUGAUGUCUCCGAUGGUACAGCCAACGAGUCAAAUAGCACCAUCGUCUAUAGGUCCGUCGACUCCCGGACCAAUGACACCGAUGACUCCAGCAUCCGCAGAUCCUGGGAUCCUACCCCAAUUGCAAAACAUUGUUUCCACUGUCAACCUGACUUGCAAGCUGGAUUUGAAGAAAAUAGCUUUACACGCGAGAAACGCCGAAUAUAAUCCAAAGCGAUUCGCUGCCGUCAUUAUGAGAAUUCGUGAACCAAGGACUACGGCUCUUAUUUUUAGUAGUGGAAAAAUGGUCUGUACAGGAGCCAAAAGCGAAGAAGACUCUCGCCUCGCGGCUAGAAAAUAUGCUCGCAUCAUUCAAAAACUUGGCUUUCCAGCCAAAUUUUUAGACUUCAAAAUUCAGAAUAUGGUCGGGAGCUGUGACGUUAAAUUUCCUAUUAGACUGGAAGGACUCGUUUUGACACACGGUCAAUUCUCUUCCUACGAGCCUGAAUUAUUCCCAGGCUUGAUUUAUCGAAUGGUCAAACCUCGAAUCGUCCUCCUCAUUUUUGUUUCCGGCAAGGUUGUACUCACCGGUGCUAAGGUCCGGCAAGAAAUUUACGAAGCGUUUGACAACAUUUACCCAAUUCUAAAAAGUUUUAAGAAGCAAUGACACGAUGGAAAAUUUCAAAAAGAACGGCAUCUGACAUUAAGAGCUUUUUUUCGAUGCUUCGAUGACAUCAUCGAUAUUCGGACCGUCCCAAAUCGGUUUGUGUUUUUGGUAAGAUUCGUGAACGCGAGAUUCAUCCAAAGGAUCAAACUCUGUGACUGGAUUCCUGCGUCUGUCGUCAUUUUCAUUUUCUUGUUUCUCAAAUCUUUAUCAUCGUUCAAACUCCGUCAGGUAUUUCGGAACCCUUUUUCAUAUGUCAAUUGAAUUACCGAACCUUGUUUUUUCUAUCAAGUCGCCGAAAAACAAUCAAUACGAAGAAAAAACGUUCCGGACGGUUCGAUUUCUCGAAUUUUCCGGCUGAUGAUAGCUCGGAAAUAUUCGUAGUGCUCAUGAUCUCGUGCAAUUGCCUGAACGUUUUCCGGGAUCGAUUUAUUCGAUCGAAUUUGAAAUUCGAUUACGACGAACAUCGAAAAAUCACGUUAGGCAGUAGAAAGUGAAGUGUUUAUCACAGUAUGCAGGAGGAACAAUUUAAACAUAUGUAAAUAUAAUGUAGGAUAUCUUUCACAUACGAAACAACUUUAUAUAUAAUAGUGUACGAAUAUAUUUAUGACCGAACUUGUUGAAUUAA